CCGGGCCCGCGGUCCACCCGGCCCCCUGGCUGCGGGCGACGCCUGCGCAGUGCGGCCGCGGGGAGGUCGUUGUCCCGGCGCCGUCGUCCCGGCCGCGAGCGCCAUGGCGGAGGAGGUGAGCACCCUGAUGAAGGCCACGGUCCUGAUGCGGCAGCCCGGGCGGGUGCAGGAGAUCGUGGGCGCCCUCCGCCGGGGCGGGGGAGACCGCUUGCAGGUCAUUUCUGAUUUUGACAUGACCUUGAGCAGGUUUGCAUAUAAUGGAAAGCGAUGCCCUUCUUCUUACAACAUUCUGGAUAACAGCAAGAUCAUCAGUGAGGAGUGUCAGAAUGAGCUCAAAGCGCUCCUUCACCACUAUUACCCAAUUGAGAUUGACCCACACCGGACCAUCAGAGAGAAGUUACCUCAUAUGGUGGAAUGGUGGACCAAAGCACACAAUCUCCUGUGCCAACAGAAGAUUCAGAAGGUUCAGAUUGCCCAGGUGGUCAGAGAGUCCAAUGCAAUGCUUAGGGAGGGAUACAAGACGUUCUUCAACACCCUCUACCAGAACAACAUUCCCCUUUUCAUCUUUUCCGCGGGCAUUGGUGACAUCCUGGAGGAGAUUAUCCGACAGAUGAAAGUGUUCCACCCCAACAUCCACAUCGUGUCAAACUACAUGGACUUUGAUGAAGACGGUUUCCUCCAGGGAUUCAAGGGCCAGCUCAUACACACAUACAACAAGAACAGCUCCGUUUGUGAGAACUCUGGGUACUUCCAGCAGCUUCAGGGCAAAACCAACAUCCUCCUGCUGGGAGACUCCAUGGGGGACCUCACUAUGGCUGAUGGGGUUCCUGGUGUGGAGAACAUUCUCAAGAUUGGCUUCUUAAAUGACAAGGUCAUCUUUGUUGUCCUGGCCAGAGUCCCGGCCGGGCGGGUGCUGGCUGAAGCAACUCCUCCCUCAAGACCCCGGAGAUUGGAGCCCUGUUACCUUUCCUUCAGACAGGAGGGAGGACCCGGCAGGAGGAGUCCCCCGGACCUGGAGUCAAAGAGGGUGCCGUCCAUCAGCGAGCCGUUGUAGUGGUAACGCAUGAAGUCUCCAGCCACAGCUCUCCGGAUGCAGCCAGGAGGUAGCUCCAGCGUCUCCAGCUGGACGGUGUCCUUGGGGUUAUGGACGUCAAUCAGCAGCACGUGGAAGACCAGGGAGGCCUGCGGGGGGAUCACAGUCCCUGGGGAAGGGAUAGGCUUGAACCAUACAAGUGGAGAGCAAAGCAGGGCUCCUCCUCCACUCAGGAAGGCCCAUGUGAGCACCCUGCAAAAAGGUGCUAAUUCUGCUCUCCAGAGACCCUUCCCUACCCUCAGCAGCCCUGUUUCUUGCCCCCCCUGUGAGGUGUGAGCUGGAUCUUCCCCAAGGCCAUCACCAGCCCAUACCAAAUGCGUGUGUGAAUCAGAAUAAAGCACCCUUUCUUAGUGAGAUCAUCA